CCUACUGCUGCAGUCAUUAGCGGGCGGUAUAUGAACUGCGGCUGCUACUGAUGCAUAAGUGCGCAUUGCGCAACAAUUAACGUGCACACAACAUAAUCCCAGAACAUGGCUUUAAAGCAGAAGGAUCUCUUGCGAGACAUCCAGAAGCGUUUUAACAGCCUGAAAGUUGAAGAGGAUAAAGAAGAGACAGUAAUUCUGAGAGAACGUGAGGACAGUAUUGACAUCCGAUGUACAGGCUUUCCUGAUUUCUCAGAGGACUUCCGUCAGAUUGUUAAAGCUGGCUGGCUAGAGAAAACUCCUCCAAAAGGAGCGAAGAUUUACCAGCGCCGAUGGGUGCAGCUGGAUUCAGAAUAUUUGAGAUAUUUUCAAUCCAUCAAGGAAGUAUACUCUAAAAGGAUGGUGUCUCUGGGAUCUGUCGAUAAGGUGGUCAGGGUAGGAGACUUGCGAUUCGAGCUCCACAGUCAGAGCCGGACUUUCCUGUUUCGAGCUGAAAGCACUCAGGAAAGAAAUGACUGGGUGUGUUGUAUUGAAAAGAUUCUGAGUGAUCACAAACAUAAUCUGGAGCCCCGGAAUCUGUUCUUUAGGAAUGGAAGUGUGAAUAUUAGUUUCGAGGGCUGCAUGGAAAUGUUGUCGCCACGCACCAAAGUCUACACACUUAUCAGCAAGGACAAACUGUUCCUCUUCAGGAGCCAUGAGGAAUAUUUUCAGGGUGUAGGCAUCACUGAUAUAGAUAUGCGAAUGGCCAACGUGAGAGAUGGAGAAAACAAGCGCUCUUUCACGCUCACCACUCCAUACAGAGCUUUCAGUUUUAUGGUGGAUUCAGAGAGUGAGAAGCAGAGAUGGUCUGAGGCACUUAAUGAGUGUGUGAGUGCUCUGUCAUGUGAUGGGUUGUGUGAGAGCAUUUGGCGCGUGCCAUCAAACCGCUUGUGUGCGGACUGCAGCUCUUCGAUGCCGGAGUGGGCUUCAGUCAACCUGUGUGUUCUGCUGUGUGAAAAAUGUGCAGGUGCACACAGAAGUCUGGGCCAGAACGUGUCAAAGGUUCGCAGUCUGAAGCUGGAUGAACGAGUGUGGACUGAUGACCUCAUCAGGGUUUUUCUGCUGCUGGGUAACGGCAAAGCAAAUCAGUUCUGGGGAGCAAAUGUUCCCCCGAGCGAGAGUCUCUGUUGGAGCGCACACAGCGAGCAACGUCUCGAACACAUCACAGCAAAAUACAAAGAUGGAAAAUAUCGCAAAUACCACACACUCUGUGGCCAACAGGAGGCACUCAACAGUGCUCUGUGUUCAGUGGUGCAGUCUGGUGAUUUGUUGGAGACUCUCUCAGUGCUGAAUUGUGGCGCAAAUAUCAACUGCAACACUGGUAUCCCAGAAUUCCCUACUCCACUCUCUCUGGCCAAACGCAGUGGCCAAACAGUACAGGCGGAGCUUCUUAUGCAGAACUUGAACUCAGAGUCGUAUACACCAGUUGAUAAAGAUGCAUCCAUUCGAUCUCAGUCUGGCUAUCUUUUUAAGACCGCCUCAUCAGCUAAGCCAAUCACAGACCACAAAACCAAAGCAGAUUUCGCUCAGCGUUGGUGUUGUCUUAGUGAUGGAAUGUUUAGCUACUUUAAGAGUGAACAGAGUCACCACAAGUGUGGUGGCAUGAAGACCAGUGAAAUCAUCUGCCUGUCUGUCAACAGCCCAGGGAAACAUGGCUAUGAACACACAUUUGAACUGUACUCUGAGGAGGGAAGAGUCUACCUGUUUGGAAGUGAUGAUGGCAGCAUGGUCAAGAACUGGAUCCAAGCUAUUGCCAUGGCUGUGCUGCCUCCUGCACUGUUUGAUGUGUGUGGAACCUGUGAUCGUCUGGGUCGCCUGCGCUGCACCGAGGGCAACCAUGGCAUUGGUUGGUUUUGCCUGAGCGGCUUCAAACUCCAGGUGUUACUGGAAGACAAUGUACAAAUAAUUGACCUGCGCAAGCUACUCACACUCAAUCUCUCUGACAGUGCUGGCUCCAUGGUACUUGUGUGGAGAGGUGGACCUCUGCAUUUGCUAGCUGACCGCAGGCCUCAUUUUGUGGGCUGGCAGACCUUCAUUCAGCAGAGAUCCGGUGCCGGAGAUCAGCCACUAUCACAACAGCAACUCACUGAUCUGGGUGUCCCAGUGACUAUUGAUCACUGCCUGGACCAUGUAACACGUUAUGGACUGAUGUCAUCAGGAAUUUACCGAAAGAGUGGCAUUAAUUCUCAUGUGACCAAACUGCUGGAGAGGUUUCAAAAUGAUGCACGAAGCAUAACACUGCUUGAGUCGGACUAUUCUGUGGAUGACGUGGCUAACAUGCUAAAACGAUUUCUCAGGGAGGUCAAAGGUGGAGUGUUUAAUGGACAAGAAAACAACAACAACUGGCUUAGAGCUGCAGGUCUAGAGGACAGAACUGAGAAGAUAAAUAGAUACCAGAUUCUCCUUUCAAACCUCCCAGAUGUUAACAGAGAAACACUCAAAGCACUCAUACACCACCUGGUUUGUGUUCAACACCUGUCUGAUGAGAAUCAGAUGACUAUACAAAACCUUGGUAUCGUAUUCGGUCCUACCCUUUUUAUUCACACGGAUGGAACAGAUGUCACAGGAUCUCAGGUGGUGGAGGAGCUGAUCCAAAACUACUGCAGCAUUUUUAAUGUCUCUGAGUCUGACCUUCAGAGGCAGCUAAACAUGACGUCAGUCAUCCUGAAUAAACACAAGUCCCAGAGGCCCUUGAGUCGAACUCCAUCCAGCACCAUUUGUGCUGUUUACCUGGAGAAGAAAGCUGAGGGUGCGGAGGUGCUUGUUCAGGUCACAGCAGAUAUGACCGUAGUCAAGUUGGUUUCUGUGGUUUUGGAGCUUAAAGGAAUUCAGCAGGCCAAUGAAGAGUUCUGGAGCUGCUAUGAAGUUCUAGAGAAAGAGGACAUGGAGAGAACUCUGCAUUACCAGGAAAGAGUGCUGCCAAUCUAUUUUUCACUUAGCUGUCACUCUCACCUGAUGAUCAAGAGGAAUCACUAUAUUAUCAGCAUCAGGAGGUACCUGGAGAAUAUAGGGAAUCAGUGUAAAACUGGGCCAUUGCGUGCUUGUGAGGUUAAAAGUGAAAGUAGCAAAACUUUCCACAGUCGUCACUGUGAGCUUUCUGGCACCACGUUCAGACUGCACAAGGAACUGCAGAGUUCUCCGUGUGAGAGGGAAUAUCCUGUCAAAGAGCUCAAGCUCUAUCAUGGUUGCCGGAGCAAAAUGCAUCCACCCACACCAUGGGGACUGAUACUGAUUCAUGAGAAGCAGCAGUGGUAUCUCUGCUGUGAGAAUGAGGAUGAGUUGACUGAAUGGACAGCAAUGUUUUACAGUAUCCAGUAUAACGGUGACAUCUGGCCUUCCUGGUGAAAUAACCUCAAAGCAGCUGAUGGGUUGGAUAAGCGCAAUUUCUUCUGAGGGGAGAAACUAAAAAGAAAAAAUAUUAAACAUGACAUGAAAGUGUUUUUAAACAGACUGUGCCCAUCUCAGAUUAUGUAUUUUUAGCAGCACACUGACCUCUUGAAUUACGAGUAAUGUGACGCGAUGAAAUUCCUCUUUAAUUCAUGUAUCUUUGGCAUCAAUUGCUCUUAAGUAUAUACCCUUGUUUUGUCCAUUAUUCAGAAUGUUAUUUACUGUAUGCUGAGGUAAAUGCAUAGUGUUUUAAACAAAAUAUCCUGAUUCAGA